UCCGUCUAACCUGUCCCCACCCCCCCCCCCCCAAAAAAAAAAAGAACAAUCGCUCUUCCUUUUGUCAUUCACGCCGACGCAUUCAUGGAGGAAGCUAACGUUGUCGAAACUAAGGAUGGAACUGUAUCGGUAGCUUCUGCAUUUCCUGGCCACCAGGAAGCUGUACAGGAUAGGGACCACACAUUUUUAAGAAAAGCAGUUGAAGAAGCAUAUAAAGGUGUAGAAUGUGGAGAUGGGGGCCCGUUUGGUGCUGUCAUAGUUCGUAAUGGUGAAGUAGUUGUUAGUUGUCACAACAUGGUACUGAGACACACAGACCCAACUGCUCAUGCAGAGGUGACUGCUAUAAGAGAGGCUUGUAAGAAGCUUAAGCGGAUGGAACUUUCAGAGUGUGAAAUAUAUGCUUCUUGCGAACCUUGCCCCAUGUGCUUCGGUGCUAUCCAUCUUUCACGAAUCAAGAGGCUAGUUUAUGGAGCAAAGGCUGAGGCUGCCAUUGCUAUUGGAUUCGACGAUUUCAUUGCCGAUGCGUUACGGGGUACUGGAUUUUAUCAGAAAGCUCAGUUGGAGAUUAAAAGAGCUGACGGGAACGUGGCCAUCAUUGCAGAAGAAGUUUUCGAGAAAACAAAGGAAAAAUUUAGAUUGUACUAAAUCUCACACUUUCCUCCAACAGCAUUAUUUUACCCUCGCAGUAACUGUGUUUGUCCACGGCUGUUUUCAUCUCAAUUAUUGAAAAUGAUAAUAACAUUUGACUUGUGCAAGUUGUAUUAUGCUGCAGUAAGGAUUGCUUCGUCUGGUUAAUGCAAACUGCAAAGUAUGGGCGUCAUCCAUCUCUUGA